AUUUGGUUUAAUAUUUUUGUUCAUUAACUUCUUAACGGGCUUGUGCUCUUUGACCGCCUUAAUCUUCUCUUAGUCGUCCACGAGUACCCUUCUUCGGCUUCCACUAACUCCCUUCAUGAUUAUUCCAAGUCGUCCUCAGCAUCCAUCCAGCUCACAAACAACAGAGCUAGCUCUGCAUCAUUUCUCUCUAUCUUCUGCACCAGUAUCACCUCAAAUUACACCUCAAAAAGGUCACAAACUUUCAGUCUCGAGGCCAAUGAUUUGGCUGACUCGCAAUACGAGUUCUUCUUCCAAUACUUCGCCACAUGGUGUCGUAGCUGCACCAAUUCGCAUAUCGGAACCUAGGUUUGACAGCUCCUUAGAUAUCUUCAAUGUCAAACGUAGUGGGCCUCUUGGAAGCGGCGCCAUGGUUGUGAAAACACCACAAGAGGCGCUGUCUGGUACGAGCGCUCUGUUUGGCGAUGAAGUUAAUGGUAGUCAACGGGGGUCCGCUUUUGAGGCUCCCUCUGAGGAGGCAAUGGACUUACCUCCACUUUCGGGUGGUCCGCCACCUGUGCCGUCGAAGGCUUCCCUUGAGUCGUCAAUUUCAACUAUAUCCACCUCCACACAUAGUAGUUCAUCAAGUCUUCCGGUGAAAGACAUAUCCAUACCACCAUGCCCAACCCGUCCUCCUCCCCCUGCACCAACGACAUCAUCUACAAUCCUUCGUCCAGUCAUUAAAGCAAAGACCUCCCCGUCUUUGCCAGAGACCCUGCCCCCCGUACCACCACUUCCCGUUAAUGUCUCUACUACGCCUGCCCAACCUCCCUUUGAACCUAUUCUGCUGUCCCCUAUCCCUAGCAGUGCGAUCGAUCCUUCCAAGAUUAUCGUGACCAUAGAGACAAGUUCAGCAACGCACCGCACGACACUCGGUACUCUUAUUUCAAGGCCUUCUUACCUCUCAAAUUAUGUCACUUCCCUCUUGCCACGAAAAUCAGUUGCAGCAUCGUUAUAUUCUAAUGCAAGCGAUAUUUCUGAACUUCCACACAACUCUUUCAAUGCCAUGUUUCAUGAUCAUUUAGCGUCUUCUGGGGCCAUAUCACAGUCAGCCAUGAAUAUACAUGUAUUCCUCGACAGGCCAAGUGCUCCAUACGCGCACAUCUUGUCAUAUCUCCGCACUCCCCCUUUUGUUUCAGAACACCCGGCCAUUAUUCCUAGAGCCAUCCAACUUGCGUCCUCGUCACGGGCCAAACUUGUGGCAUUACUCGAGCUUCGUGACGAGGCCAAUUAUCUUGGUCUGGACGAGCUGUUCAAGCUAUGCAAUGACGAGAUAUGCAAUAGGUGCAGUACGGCAAUCCAUGCACGCGCUGGAAGUAUGAGUAGCUCUACUUCCUUCCACUCCCUACACACCGUCCAGGAAGGUGGCGAAUCUUGCGAAAUGGGCCGUUCAUCUUCUCGCUCCAGCAGAAAAUCGACGGGAGCGACACCUCCGCCUCGUGAACGUAACCUGGGCAGAGCAGAGAGCCGAGCAAAUACCCCGAACUCCCGACAACCUGCAAUCACUUCUUGGAUAUGAUAUGCGUGACGAUUGAUAUGACUGACUUUAUUUUCUUGACUUUAUUUGACUUAUCCACGGGCAUCUUGCAUAUGCAUAUACUUAUUCACGCUCAUUUACUAGUGCUAAAAGAUACUCACUGUUAUGAUAUUGUAGGAUACACAAUCUAUUCAAUCAUUUUCAUCGAAC